UAUAAUUCUUCCUCAUAUUCUGUAUUUCAGAAUCCUCCAAUUUAAUUUAAUUUUAUAUUAUAUUUUCCAAAACAACAAAAAUAAAAUUUAAUUUGUGACUUUCUGUUGAUUAGAUAAUAUCGUAGGAUCAAAUCCAACGACCUAGAAUCUCCUCAGCUCCGUCUUCAACGCACCGUUAUGCGGUCGUCUACGCCGGAAGGGGUUCCCUCCGGUGAUAUCCAAGGUGGUGCUUCCGGCGUUAAGGAUGAUGUGUCUGUUAUUCUUCGCGGCUUUGCCAACUUCUUUGCUCCAUCUCCGUCUUCUACACCCACUCGCUCGUCGGAGUCGGAGUCGCGCGGUCUUGUUGGGAUACGGAAUGAUCUUGUGGAGAUCGGUGGGAGUUUUAAGAGCUCGAUUUCCCGUCUCUCCAGUAAUAAAGCGGUGAGUGGAAUCUCCAAGUUCGCCUCCCAGUUGUUGCAGUUCGAAAGUCAAGUCGUUGAUGAUGAUCAAGACGGAGGUCGUGGCGUGCCUGGGACGAACGAUGAUGUCGUUCGUUUUGUGAAGGAAAUUUCUAAGCGGCCCGAUUGUUGGACGGAUUUUCCACUGCCACUUGAUUAUGCUGAUUUCAGUAUGUCCCAUCCUCAGAGGCAACAUGCAUUAACUAUAGAACAACUGGUGCCUGAAUUUGUGGCACUUAGACUGAAACUUUGUAGCUACAUGAAUGUGGAGAAAUUCUGGUUGAUCUACUUUCUGUUGUUACUUCCAAGACUUAAUCAGCGUGAUUUUGAGCUGCUAUCAACUGCCAAGAUUCUUGAAGCACGAAGUGUGCUUCUGAAGAGACUUGCAGACAAGACUACUUUACAGGCGGAAAACUCCGAAAACCUGAGGAAUCUGAGUCCACAUCAAGACGUUGGGAACGACUCUUUCACAGAAAGAGACAAUAUUUCGUCUGAUGAAAACCUGAUUUUGGGUGAGAUCACAAGUGCAACGAAAUGUUUAGAAAUUGAUGAUGACACAAUGAGUAGUUCUGCAAGAUGGUUUGAAGAUACAGAUAUUGGCAAUUCCCUUGCAAAAUUCAAGCAAGAGGAAGAGGAUGUGUCAUUCAGUGACCUACAAGAUGAAGAUGAUGAUAAAAGUGUUAUUUCUGAUUGUGAGAGAUUAUCAGGCUCUAGGGAGGCACGUGACCUAAUAAGGGUUUCAUCACGUGAUGUAUGCAGUGAUUGGGAUAAGUUAUCUGAGAAUUCUGAGAGAGGAGGAGGAGGACGCCAGCAGAAGGCUGUGCAUUUGAAGGGGAAGGAUUCAGAAGAUGAAUCAAAUGAUUGGUUCACCGUUGAUCAUUUUUAAAUGGACAGGGUUUUUUACUUUCUCAAAGUUACAAAUUUAUUGUAAAGGCUUCUCACGUGUCCCAUUGUGUAUUUAAGGAUUCCAAAAUUUUAUUUAAUGUCAAUAUAUCAGUAU